AGCAACUGUGGAAGGAGGUAAAAGGCUUUGGAGAGCAGUGGCUUAUCAACCUCACACUGAGACCAUCCUGAAGCAACAGGGGGAAGGUAAAUCAAGCCAAUGGGCUGAACUUAUUGCUGUCGCUAUGGCAUUAACAGAAAAUCAAAGCUUCCCUGUUGUUGUUUAUACUGAUAGCUGGGCAGUUUUCAAGGACUAACAGUGUGGAUCACAAUGUGGAGAAGGGCUGCUUGGACUAUUCAUGGGAGAGAACUUUGGGGUGGCACAGAACUGUGGGAGCAGCUUUGGACAAUGGGCACAAGAGGGGAAACUCUCAUUGGUCAUGUAGAUGCCCAUGCCCCUCUGAUAUCCCUUGAGAGGCUUUAUAACCAACAAGCUGAUCUAAUAGCUGCUGUUCGAGAAAUCAACCUGGAAGAAGCCUCUGUAGAGAAUGAAGACCUGUGCAACUAUGCUGAAGUAAAUGUAAUCGAGCCUUCCUUAAUAUCAUUAGCAAGGUGGGCUCAUGAAACUUCAGGACACAUGGGAGCAGAAAAAACAUAUCAAUGGUGUCAUCAGCGAUGUAUACCAGUCACUAUUGAUAUUGUUAAACAAAUAGUGAACAAUUGCUCCACAUGUACAGAAGUAAAACAAUGGCCCCUACAGAAGAAGGCAACUGGUAAACUGAAGAGAGGAAUGGGACCAGGACAAAUUUGGCAGGUGGAUUACAUUGGGCCACUGCCACGAGAAAAUAAACUAUUAUAUGCUUUAACUGCAGUAGAUACUUAUUCUGGACUGUUACAAGCUUAUCCAUCAACAAGAGCUGACCAGAAAGCUACACUUAAUGGACUGAGCCAGUUAAUCCAAGCAUAUGGAGUGCCUGAAGAAAUCCAAAGUGAUCAAGGAAGCCACUUUGCUGGAAGAGACGUACAAGAGUGGGCUCAAGGAGCUGGCAUUCAGUGGACUCUGCAUAUCCCUUAUCACCCACAGGCUGCAGGACUUAUUGAGAGAAUGAAUGGCCUGUUGAAAGAACAAGUUAAAAAACUAACUGGGCACAAUCAUCUUAAAGGCUGGACUAAAGUUUUAAAGCAAGCCUUAUUUAAUCUCAAUAAUCGUCCGUUGGCUGGGUCCACACCUUUUAUGAGACAUCAAAAUGUCGGAGGAGAGCCACCUGUGUGUGCCCUCCGCCUGACAACAAUUAGUCCACUGGCAAACAAUGAAUUAACUCCCACAGGGUUAUUGGUUAGGGCACCUAAAUCACUUACAAUCAAGUUAAACUCCUCAGAAAGACUCAGCUUGGGAAUAACAGGUCAGUGGCCAAAGGAAUGGGAGAUUAUCCUCACGUGUGGAAUAAUCGGGAUAGAUGGUUUCUGGACCGGAUGGAGUCGAUGCACCCCCUAUAACAAAGUCUUUUGGGCUGCUGAUACGCCAGGAACGGAAAAGUAUGUAACCUUGAACUUCACCCUUACCAAGAACUGUACCUGGCAGUUACGAGACAAGACAUCUACGGCUCCAUUUCACAUGAAACUGGAAUAUCCUGACUUGUUACCUUUACCUGUGAUGACUUAUGAAGACACUGCAAUAACUGUGACUGUGCAUAAUAACGUAUCUGUCUGGUUGGCUAUGAUGAACUGUAAACCUGAUUCUAAUGGACUAUCAUGUUGGACAAUUGAAGGGGGGCAACAACUGACUGCAAUAUCAACACCCGAGAAUGAUGUAAUAUUAUAUGUGGUUAAACAGGAAGCAACAACAAAUGUAAAAGUACCAGUAAUGUUAUGGGAAAUUCAUAAGACUAGGAGAGGGAAUGGUUAUCCAUUUGAUGCAACAUUACUUAGACAAAUGAAAGGUUGUAAAAAAGCUAGGAUAGCACAUAAAAUAAUUACUGUAGCACUCAACAUUAAUGUUAGUGGGUUUGAUAUAAAACGUCACGAGUUUCCAAGAGGAGAACAUAUAGUACCACGCAGUACAGGUGCAACAUAUAAUUGUAGAAACAUACAAUCCUUAUGGCCUCCUCAUAAGGUAGAAAUAAAACGAAGGCCAAAGCGAGACAUGUGGGGAGCUAUAGGAACUGGUUUAGGAGUAGGAGGUUUAGGUUUAGGAUCUCUUAAUACUGCUGAUAUAGCAGCAAUAUAUCACAAAAUAUCAUCUAUUGGUGUGAAACAAGCCAAUAGUUUGCAAACUUUGGCUCAUUGGGGCCAGAGUUGGCAGACAGGCAUAUACAGGAGUUGCUAUUAUGGAAGACUCACCAUGGGUGGUUAA